UGAUUGUCAGUUCAUCAGCUGUCUUUUGUAAACCAAUGUCAACAAAAAAGUAACCUGGAAACCGUUUAGUUUUAACAAAAUGCUAAGGAAUAUCUUGCGUACCAGCCGGUGGCUGGCGCGGCGACAGAUCAAUAGUUUUACUCCAAUAGCUCUGCGCCAAUUUGCCUUCAGUGAAAUUUCAAAACCAACUACCAGUGUUUUGCCUAUUGCUAGAAGUUUUUCCUCCACUCCCCAGUCUUCUGAACACGUUGAUCCGGCGGUUUUCGAAGAAAUCUGCAGUGAGACGUUAGAAUCUCUUUGUGAUUAUUUUGAAGAAUUGGUCGAAGCGGCGCCCAAUUUAAAAGGGGCUGACGUAACAUACAGUGAUGGUGUGUUAACAGUAGCCCUGAAUUCACACGGAACAUACGUAAUCAAUCGACAAACCCCUAACAAACAGAUCUGGCUUAGUUCCCCUGUAUCCGGACCAAAACGGUACGACUUAGUACUUAAAGACGGAGGCUAUUGGGUCUACAAACACGACGGAGUGGCCCUGCACAAACUAUUGCAAGAGGAAAUUGAAAAAAUCGUAACAAUCAAAGUAGAUUUUGCCAAGUGCUCACAUAGCUUAGUGUAAUUUUGUUAUUUAUUUUUUAAGUAAAUAGUUUACAUCCUUUUUUGUUUUUUAUUUUUUAAAUAUGGAAGUUAUUGAAGAUGGCAAUAUUAUGGAUCGCAUUCCGAUUCUGCUGCAAAGAGAUUUGGAAUACUAUCAG